AUGAGCUUUAACAUUGAUGAUCCUCUCGCGGGAAUUUUAAGCGAUGGUAGUGAUGACAGUUUCUUUGAUGACGAUAUAUUGGGUAAGAAAAAACCACAAAAGAAAAAUGAAUCUAACAUAUCAGAAAAGAAAAAUUCCUUUUUUGACUCAGGAGAUCAAAAAUCACAAUCUAAGACUCUAGUUGGAGAAAAAAGUUUACAGAAGGAUGCUGAUAUUGAAGAAAAAGCAAAAUUUGAUAACUUAAAAACGACAUCACCAACACCUUUUAAGAAAGCAGUUUCAAAAGAAUCAAUAUUCCAACAAAUAGACGCCAGUAAAUCGCCUGGCAAACCAAAACUUGUCACAAGUGCGGAUAUCGUUCCUGAUGAUAUAGGAAUACACCCAAAGAAAGAUAUGAUUAAACCGCUAGAUAAGGGUAAAAGCUCACAAUCGUUACUGGAUGAUAUAUUGGGUGGUUCAUCAAAUAAAAUAGGUGGUUCCAACCAAACUACAAGGCCUACGACAGGUGUGAAAAAACAGCAAUUUGAUUUAGAUACAUUUUUAGACUCUGAAUCGAGGCAAACUGCCGCAUCUACUACUAAGGUUGAAACACAAAAGCCAAAUACAAAGACUGAGAACGUAAAAGAAGCAGCCAAGUCAAGGAAAGCAAAGUCUAAUGAUGACUGGCUUGGUAUUUUUCAAGAAAAAGAUAGUAUUAUGGAAGAAGAAGAGGUUGAUGAUGUGCCUGCUUGGUUAGGUGGCAGUGGACAAAAGAAAAAGAAAAAUAUUAAGGAGCCCAAAACAGAGACUCGACAAAUUGAAGAAGAGCAAAAAGGAAAUCCUAAAGUCACAGAGGAAAUCCCUAAAAAUACUGCUAAUGUAGAAAAUUAUAAUGAGAAUGUGACAAAAAAUGUUUCAAAUUUAGAUAUCAGUCAAGAAGAUAUAACAAUGCAAGGAACAGCUCUUUACUUACAGCAACAAGAAUCGCAGUUAAUGGUAGCUUUGCAGUUAAAAGCGCAAGACGAAAAGCUAGCCGCUAUGCAGUUGCGUCAGAAAGAAAGUCAACGAGUGCAACGCGAGGCAGUCCUCGCUCAACACGAGCAAGUCGAUGCGAUGUUGCGGAGACAAGCUGAUCACCGCAAGCAGAUGCAAGCCAUUAUAGCCGUUCACCAGGAACGAAUCACUCAGAGGAUUAAGGAUUUAUUAGGUGAUGCGAAAAUUGAAAAUGAAGAAACACAAGAAGAUAAUAUCGAAACCGAAGGAGGAGAACGUAAAGAAAGUCCAUUCGCAAAAGAACGAAAACAGUUACUGCAACUCGUGCAGUCUCUACAAGAUAAUCACGAUAAAGAGAUCGAUUUAAUGGAAACAUCAUACAGACGCCAACUUGCUUUCUUAGAAGUUUCAUUUCAUCAAUCAGAGGAAAGAAUGAAAGAAGAAAGCGAUAAGAUUGUAAGAUUUUACUCGGAGAAAAUUACUUGGUUAGACGAACAUCACCAAUUGUAUAAGAAGAUGUGCGAAGAGAACUUGGUUUCGCUGACGGAGCGACAUAAGGCUGAGAACGACAUGCUGCGACAACAGCAUUUAGAAAAUAUUAAAACGUUACAGGAACACCACGCUACGUUAAUGGAGAAUGUCAAGAAUGCGGUAAAACAAGAACAAGUUCUUAUAAGAGAUUCUGCAAGUUUUUCGUUAGAUCUGCAAGAACUGUUGACGCAAGUUAAAGAUGGUAACGUAAAGAGUACUCGGUUGUAUGAGAAAGUGGAAAUAUUGUCUCAAAACAGUCAUAGGGAUUCCGAUAGGAGCUUACAGAUCCGGGAGACACAGAUUUCAGAUAUGAUUCAACAGCUGAAAACUGAGCGAGAAAAUUUCGAAAAGGAGAAAUCGGAGAGUAAGGAAAUAGUAAACAUGUUGGAAGCAAGGCUCAAACAAAUGACGUCGAUGAUAGAGGAAGAGUCAUCGUCGUUACGUCAGAAGAAAAUGGAAUUUGAAUUCGAGAAGGCAACAUUCAGCAAACAGACGGAAUUCGCUAAAAAUAUAUUGAAGAAACAGGAUGAAGAAAUUAAGAUGAUGAAAGACGAAAUACAGAAGGAAUAUCGAGAGAAAAUAUCAAGAAUAGAAGAAGAAAAGGCAAAGUCGUUCAAGGAGAGCGCUUCGGUUGCCAAAGAGAAAGCUUCGAUACAGAGCUUGAAACUGGAGCUUGAGAGAAUGAAAGCCGAGCUACAAGCGCAGUUAGAAGAGACAUCGGAGGAGAGGUCCAAGUUGAACUCGCAGAAACAAGAAUUGCAAAUUGAGGAACAGAGGGUUUUAUCAAAAAGUAGAGAUCUAGACUUGCUCGCUAAAACGGCGAUGGAAAAACAAUCACAGGCCGAUAAAAAGUUCUCGGAGGCGGAGUUUCUUCAACGAAAAUACGAAGACAGAAUACGAAGAAUACAGGAACACGUCGUGUCUCUAAAUACGAGAGAAAAGCAAAUAGCCAAAGAGAAAGUCGCACUGUCGAGGGAGAGACUUAGCUUGCACAACGAGAGGAAGGAGAUCGAGGGCAGGCAGCAGUGCUCCUUGUGCAGGACCUCGCAGUAUGCGGACCACGCCUACGUACCCUCGUACCUGCCGGUGUCGAGGGACUAUUUGAAUAUAGGCUCUCCCGUCAAUGUCAUAGAGGCGGAAAUGGCUCAGCUUAUGGGCAGAGUCAGACAGGACGUGACCGAUGCUCGUGAAGGUGUGCGUCAAGAACCUGGCGCUUUUAAGGACUAUAUGGAUCCCAAGUUGAUGAUGUUACGCUUAGACGUCCAGCAAGUCAUCGGCAAUUUGGAUCUCGGAAAGAAAGAUGAAAACGAACACCAAGGAGUAUAAAAGAGACAAAAGAUUUA